AUGUCGUUUCGCCGUAAACUACCGAAAACAGUCAAAUAUAUUGAAGAAGAAUUCGAUGCAGUUAUACUUGAUGGAUACAACAUUGUUGGAGAUGGUACUCCGCAAGCAUUCAUACCGAUUCUAACUGGACAAACAGAAGAGGAACUGCCCCUCACACGCAAACGUUUCGCAGAAGCAAGUUAUGUUGACGAAGUAUAUCCAUUUGUAUGGAAAAAUUUUUCUGAUGCAGGUUAUAUAACGUUGUAUGCGGAAGACUCAGCAAAACUCGGAACGUUUACAUAUCGUCUUAAGGCAAGAAUUUAUUUUUUCGGUUUUAAAAAUCAACCAACAGAUCAUUACGUGCGGACGUUUUUUCAAAAAGCUGAAGAUAUGUUUUCCAGUUUGCAGUGUUUGGGUUCGGUGCCAAUGCACAAGGAAUGGUUUCGAUAUACGAGUGAGUUCAUGGAGAGAUACGGAUAUAAUACAUCAAAGUUCUUGCUUGCAUUCCAUAGCGUAUUAAGCCAUGAUGAUGUUAAUUUGGUGGAGGUUGCUGAUGAGGAUACGAUGUUAAAUCUCAAAAAAUUAAAAGAAAGUGGUGCUCUUGAUAAUGCUUUAGUCAUUGUAAUGGCCGAUCACGGACAUCGUUUUGCGAAAUUUCGUGCCACUCAUCAAGGACAGCUGGAAGAAAGGCUUCCAUUUUUUUCGCUCUCACUUCCGAAAAAAUUCAGAGAAAGCGAUAGAGGAAGGACAGCAUGGAAGAAUUUGAAAGCUAACAAAGAAAGAUUGGUAACUCCAUUCGACAUACACGUUACAUUGCUUGAUAUACUUCACUGGCCAACAGAACAGGACUUAAAUACUAUGGGUGAUGUAAAAUCCCGUUCCUUGUCACUUUUUAGACCGAUUCCUCCAUCAAGAACCUGCGAAGAUGCUGGUAUCGAAAUGCACUGGUGUACAUGUAUGAAUUGGGAAUCAGCUAUGGAUAAUAAAGAGCAAGCAAAUAUAUCUAUGAUGUUGACUAAAGCUGUUGUCCAAACUAUCAAUUCACACACGAAAUCUCAACGACGCUUAUGUGCUCCUCUGAAAUUGGUAAAGCUGGAAAGUGCUUGGAGACUUGUCCCAUAUGAAAAUUUGCUUAAAUAUAAGGAUACAAAAGAUGAAGAUGGUUUUGUACCAAAUUUGGUUGCCGAAACCAAAGCUGCAUUUGCACAUUACCAGUUGAGAUUUGUUACGAAACCAGGAAAUGCUCUGUAUGAGGCAACCGUCCAAUAUGAUGUAUUAAAGAAUGUAAUAACAGUGGAUAUGACAUCGAUCAGUCAUAUCAACAGAUACGGCAAUUUGUCUCAUUGUAUCAUGGAUAUAAACUACUUUUUAGCAGCGUAUUGUGUUUGUUAUGAUAGGAUCGACAUACAUAAUUCACAGCAGUAA